AUGUCAACGUACUCGGUCGGCCCUGAGUUGAGAGUGCUCAGCCCCGGGGUCGGGUAUGGCAUUAUCGCAGGGAUCGGCGCGGCUUUUAGUCUCAUCAUGAUCCUCACCACCAAGUUCCAGAACCGAUACUUUGCCUUUUCGACCAAACAGUCCGAGGAGUUCAACACGGCGUCGCGGAACGUCAAGCCGGGUCUCAUCGUCGCGGGCAUCGUCUCGGCUUGGACGUGGUCUGCUACCCUCUUGACCAGCUCCACUUUCGCAUACAGCUUUGGCAUCUCUGGCCCGAUGUGGUACGCGGCUCUCGGCUCGUCGCAGGUCAUUCUGUUUGCACUACUCUCACUUCGAGUGAAAAGAGACGUUCCAGGGGCGCACACGUUUCCAGAAAUUGUGCUCUCACGCCACGGUAAAGUGGCUCAUGGCAUCUUCACCUUCUUUGGCUGGGUCGUCAACAUGUUCGUCGGUGCCACCUUGGUGCUCGGCGGAUCACAGGUUCUAGCGGGACUAUCUGGAGUAAACGUCUACGCAGCGUGUUUCAUUAUCCCAAUCGCCGUGGCGGCAUAUGUCAUCCAAGGAGGUCUUCGAAGCACUUUUGUCGCCGAUUAUCUCCACACUGUGAUCCUCUUUGUGGCCAUCUUCAUCUUUGCCUUUACGUUAUACACUUCGGACGACUACGCUGGCAGCCCGGGGCGAGUUUACGAUUUGUUGGUCGAUGCUUCGAAAGCUACUCCGCUUGCAGGGAACCGGGAUGGCUCGUGGCUCACAUUUCGAUCGACGACCGGAAUCAAGUUCGCAGUCCUGAUUUUCCUGGGCAGCUUUUCGACAGUGUGGAUGGAUCAGGCGUAUUGGCAACGAGCCAUUGCUUCGAAGCCUGAAACCAGUGUCAAGGCAUAUCUGUUAGGUGGUCUCGCAUGGUACGGUAUACCGUACGCGUUCGCUACGGCCAUGGGACUGGGUGCCGUGGCUUUGACCGGCUCGCCAUCGUUUCCGACAUAUCCCAACCCUCUGACGCCUGCUCAGGUCGGCGGUGGAUUUUCAGCCCCUGCCACUGCGAUUGCACUCAUGGGCAAGAAUGGAGCCGCCUUGAUGCUGCUGUUGCUGUUCAUGGCCGUCACGUCUGCCGCGUCGGCCGAGCUCAUCGCAGUCUCAUCCCUCUGGACGUUUGACGUAUACAAGCUCUACAUCAAUCCAUCGGCGUCGUCCUCGAGACUGGUCAAGCAGGCACACUACGGCAUCGUGGUCUAUUCUCUGCUCUUGGCCGCCUUCUGCUGUGGACUGAGUGCCAGUGGCAUCGACAUCACGUGGAUCAUCACCGCCGGCGGCGUUCUCGUCGGAGGCGGUGGCAUCCCACUUGGGUUUAUCGUCCUGUUUCCGACGAGGGUUUCGACGAUUGCUGCUAUCGGCGCUCCUUUGAUCGCCUCACCGUCGGGACUGAUCGCCUGGUUUGUGACCACACACAUCAGGUCCGGAUCCAUCACUGCGGUCACCACGGGCGACUUGACCAACGCCCUGGCCGGAAGUGCCACAGCCUGCGGCACCGGCGCAGUUGCGGUCGUUGCCCUGUCGAUCUUCUUUCCGUACAAAUACACCUCGACCGAUCCUGCACACGUUGCCCGCGUGGAAAAGAUUCGAGGGACCGCGGUGCUUGGCGGACAGGAAGUGAUGGUCGCCGGAGACGUGGUAGCUCUAACUCCUGAUCCUACCACCACCACCACCAGCAGUGACAAGACAGAGCCGACAACGGCCCCUGAUCAUCCACCGACCAAUAUGACCACCAACAAGAUGACAACGGCCACGAGUACUUCACCUUCAGAAAUUGUGGCGGCGGCUCCUACUACGGGCAAUGAUGUGGUCGACUAUCUCACCACAAACCACAUCGAGCCUCUGGACUUCAAGUCGUACCACAAGGCCCGGCGGCUGGCUUAUUGGAGCUGCGCGGUCUUCUUUGUCGUCGCCAUCAUUCUGUUCCCCUUCACCUUUUACGGCACGGGAUGGAUCUUCACCAAAGCAGCGUUCGAAGGUUGGGUCGUCGUGAGUCUGAUGUGGAUCUUCUUCAGUGCCCUGGCUUGUAUCAUCUGGCCUAUCGUGGAAAGCUAUCCUGCUCUCCGAGACAUGACAAUGAUGCUUGUUCACGACUCCUUUGGUCGUAAGGGAGACCCCGACACAGCAGAAGCAUCGAGCUAGUCAUGACUGAAUGACCAGAGAAAUAUGACGAGAGUAUAAUAGCAUGUUUGGACAACAAUCGCUACUGAAACAUCAACGGAUCAGGCAAUAAACAGGCAGGUAACUGAUGGUACACAACAUUUGUU